CUCGCAGCUUCGGCUCUCUAACUUGUCUCACUUGUCAUCCUCUUCUUGGUUUCUCGCACGCGCCCACGACACAUCCACCAUGCCUCCGACUGCGGCGACCAGCACAACGGGCUUCUUCCAAGUCCAGCCCAUCGUCCUGAACCAGUGGGACGAGGACACGGGCUUGGCGCGCGUUGCCGGCCUCUUUCUCCCUCCCAAGCUCGCCGCCACACUCCAGCCCAAGCUCCGCUCCUUCGCCGCCGAUGUGAUCACCCCCCAGAUCUACGACUGGAUCGCCAAUGCCGAGCACGACCUCCCCUACAUCGCGGGCUCGGGCUUCACCGCUUUUGGGAGCCCCAAGCCCAACUCGCUCGUAACUUCCGACGGGUGGAAGCAGCUGCAGGCCUUCGGGCUGCGGGAGGGCAUCGUCGCGAUGGGCUAUGAGCACGAUCUCGCUGCCUACGCCCGCGUUUACCAGGCCAUGCGGCUGUACCUGUGGUGUGCGAGUGCCGCGCUCGUGACCUGCCCCAGCGCGAUGCAAGACGGCGCCGUCGCCGUUCUACUGCGGGAGAUGCUCAAGGACGGCCCUGCACCUGGAUACCCCGACGAGCUGCAGGACGCACGCCGCAAAGUGUUUGACAAUGCGCUCUCGCGCCUCCUAUCCCGCGAUCCCAGCUUCGCGUGGACAUCAGGGCAGUGGAUGACGGAGCGCGCGGGUGGGUCAGACGUGGCGGGCACCGAGACGGUUGCGGUGUGGGCUGGGCGCGACGACUCGGCGACCGACAUCGACGUCAACCCCCUCGGACCAUGGACGGUCGAUGGUUUCAAGUGGUUCUCCUCGGCAACCGACUGUGGGUGUGUUCUCUUCCUCGCCAAGACGGACGACACGGGGCGUCUGUCGUGCUUCUUCGCUCCCACGCGCAAAUACGUCAACGGGCGCGAGGAGAUGAAUGGCAUCCGCAUGCAGCGCCUCAAAAACAAGCUGGGCACCAAGACGCUGCCCACCGCCGAGCUUGAGCUCAAAGGCAUGCGAGCGUGGCUUGUCGGCGAAGAGGGCCGGGGCGUCGCGCAGAUCUCGACCGUGCUCAACAUUACGCGCCUGUACAACGCCAUGUGCUCGAGCGGCCAGCUCGGCCGCGGCCUCGCCAUCGUGCGCUCGUUCGCGCGCGUCCGCACCCUGCCUUCGAAGAAAGCGCCCGAAAACGUCCUCCGCGAAGUGCCGUUGUUCGCGAAGUCGCUCGCGGGCGUCGCGGUGAUGCACCGCGCCGACACUCUGCUGACGCACUUCGUCGCGGCGCUCGUCGGCGCUGACGACCACCCGACGUCGCCGCACGCGCCCAUCAUCCCGCGCGAUCCCGGCGCCGUUGCCGCCCUCGUCCGCAUCGUCACGCCCAUCACCAAGGCGUACACGGCCAAACACUCGGUAUGGGGCGUGCAGGAGUGCAUGGAGAGCCUCGGCGGCGUGGGAUACAUGGAGAACACGGAGAACCAGGAGAUGAACCUCGCGCGCCUGUUCCGCGACGUCAACGUCCUCGCGAUUUGGGAGGGCACGACCGACGUGCUGUCCACGGACACGAUCAAGGUGCUGCGCGGCAAGACCGGCACGGCCGUGACGCAGACGCUGGGCGCGUGGAUAGAGCACGCGCUGUCGCUCGGCACGGCGCGCGGUCUCGAGGACGACAAGGCCGCAAUCCGUGGCGCGUGGGUGCGCGUGCGCGACACGGUUACACGUGCGAGCUUUGACGAGGCGCUCUCGCGCGGCCGGCAAAUUCUUUGGCACCUCGGCGAUAUCAUCAGUGCCACGCUGUUGGUCGCCGACGCGCAGCGCGACGGCGACGCCAUCGCUGCCGAGAUCGCGCGGCGCUUCGUCGGGAAGCACCCUGUGUUCCGCCUCGACCGCGAGCCAGGGAAGUGGCGCGACGAGACGGCGUGGGACAAGAAAAUUCUCUUUGCAGGCGACGCCAACCCCGCCCUCGAGAUCAAGGUGAACGCCAAGUUGUAGUGUUAGGAAGUGUUUGUGUUUGUACAAAAGCAUGCAGCGUUGAAGACAUA